CCCAAAAAUAUUAUGGGUGAAAUGUCAGUCACUCAAAAGGCUAUUUUACAUGGGAAUCAGAAUGGCUGUUCGAGACCUUAACUCCUCCUAGUUGUUUCAUUUUUUACGGAAACGGAAGGGGUGGUGCACAGGUACGGUGAAAUCUCAAAGCUAGCUUUCAUCUGGCGGAGUUAUUACUUUUUCAGUAAACAAUUAUGGCGGCCGCGGAUCCCCGGUCCUCAAGUGACGGUGGGCCCGCAAGCAGAGGAGGGUUCCCGGAUGGUGAGAGCAGCAACGAGCGCGAUGGCCCGGGAGGAAGCGGCGGAGAGGGAGAACGCAAGCCAGAUCGGGCCACAUUCGAAUGCAACAUUUGUUUGGACACAGCAAGGGACGCUGUUAUCAGUUUGUGCGGGCACUUGUUCUGCUGGCCCUGCCUUCAUCAAUGGUUGGAGACGCGGCCCAGCCAACAGCAGUGUCCUGUGUGUAAAGCAGGCAUCAGCAGAGAGAAAGUCAUCCCCCUCUACGGCAGAGGGAGCUCCAGCCAAGAGGACCCCAGGUUGAAAACCCCGCCUCGUCCUCCGGGACAGAGAACAGAGCCAGAGAGCAGAGGGCCCUUCCAAGGGUUCGGGGACACUGGCUUCCACAUGUCCUUUGGGAUCGGUGCUUUCCCUUUCGGCUUCUUCACCACAGUCUUCAACACCAACGACCCCUUCCACAGAGCAGAUGCAUACGCAGCCGAUCACCAAGGCAACGGCAACCCCAACAACGGCAACAACUGGAAGGACUCUCUCUUCCUGUUCGUGGCCAUCUUCUUUUUCUUCUGGCUGCUGAGCGUCCAUGGGAAUGAGACAAGAUGUGAGAGAACCUGACAAGCACGUCAUGAUGUGGCCGAGUCCCCCUCUUCCACUCAGUGAAAGACAAGUUACUCUUCUGUACUCGUUAAGGGGAUAAGUAAUUUCCUGCAUAUCACUGUCUGAUCAAGCUAAGCAUUUGUAUUAGGGGUCUAUUGUGACACAAAAUAAAUUUAAAUUACAUUUGUAUUGCGAGUCUUUUGCAAGACGAAACAGUGAGACAUUGUGCAAAACCAAAUGGUCACAGAGCUGUGGAAAUGAUGUUUUCCUGCGAUCUGAAUAAAUAGUUGUUUAAUACA